CCUUGAUAUUCAAGUCGGUACAAAUUUAUAUAAAAACAAAUGCAUACCCACGGCCCAAAAAAAAUUGUCCCGCAUUUCGAUGUAAAAUUGUAAAGUAAUACCAUAGAAAAUUAUUGAUUCAGUGAGAGAACUGUCGGCGCGGACGCAGGUCGUGCGCGGCGCAUUUUCUUCGCCAUUUUAUAUCGUUGCGCGCGCACUUGUGAUUGGUUUAGUGGUAUUUUAGUUGUUGAGAUUGGUGCUUUUUUUUCUUGAUUCUAACUAGUUGUUGAAGAAAUUUUGUGUUUUUUAAAAAUAAUAGGGCAGUUAUCCUGAGAAGACCCAAAUGGGUUGUGCACGAAUACUGUCAGCGCUGCGCCGCUGUAAAAGCCAGGAGACCGACAGCACAGCAACACCUUUAGCCAGGUGCCUAGGCCUACUUGACCUGACUGGCUUGGGGGUGGGCAGCACCCUCGGUCUCGGGGUGUACGUGCUCGCUGGCUCCGUGGCGAAGAAGGAAGCUGGACCAGCUGUGACGCUCAGUUUCCUCGUCGCCGCCAUUGCUUCGGCUUUCGCUGGUCUAUGCUACGCAGAAUUCGCUUCGCGAGUCCCAAAAGCGGGCUCGGCGUACGUCUACAGCUAUGUCAGCGUCGGCGAGUUUAUCGCUUUCACUAUCGGGUGGAACCUCAUUUUGGAGUACGUCAUCGGGACUGCCAGUGUUGCCAAGGGCAUGGCAAAUUACAUCGACAGCCUCUGCAAUAACACCAUAAGGAACACCAUGAUGGAGGUGGCUCCGAUGAAUAUCUCCUUCAUGGCAAAGUAUCCUGAUUUCUUCGCGUUUGCGCUCGUUAUGUUAAUUACGAUUCUCCUGUCCUUCGGGGUGAAAGAGUCCACGAAACUGAACAAUGUGUUCACCGUGCUCAACUUGCUCACCGUCAUUAUUGUCAUUGUGGCUGGUGCCAUUAAGAGUGACCCAGCGAACUGGCGGAUACCCUUAUCAGACAUACCUCCAGAAUACCAAGACAAAGCUGGUACUGGUGGCUUCAUGCCUUUUGGCAUGGCGGGCGUCAUGGCCGGCGCCGCCAAAUGCUUCUUCGGCUUCGUCGGCUUCGAUUGCGUGGCCACCACUGGGGAAGAAGCGAAGAACCCCAAAAGAGACAUCCCAUUGUCUAUCGUGUUCUCGCUGAUCAUCAUCUUCGUGUCAUACUUCAGUGUCGCCACGGUCCUGACUAUGAUGUGGCCAUAUUAUUUGCAAGACGCUGACGCCCCGUUCCCGUACGCGUUCGGGCGGACGGGGCUGGAGGCCGUGAAGUGGGUGGUGACGGUGGGCGCCGUGUUCGCGCUGAGCACGAGCUUGCUGGGCGCCAUGUUCCCGCUGCCGCGCGUGCUGUACGCCAUGGCCUCGGACGGCGUGCUGUGCCGCGCGCUGGCGCGCGUCAACGGCUGGACCCAGACGCCCGUGCUGGCCACGAUACUGAGCGGACUCCUCGCUGCCCUGAUGGCGGCGGUGUUCGACCUGGACCAGCUGAUAGACAUGAUGUCGAUCGGUACGCUCCUGGCCUACACCAUUGUGGCUACCAGCGUGCUUAUUCUCAGAUACGAAGAUACGGACGAGGUGUCCCGCAGCCUGCAGUCGCACAAGCCGAGGUCGCAGACGCCGCAGUCGGUGGCGCGCCAGACCUUCAACCUGCUGGGACUCAAGCAGCCCAACUUGCUCUCCGCCACCAUCGCUAAAGUCACCAUUUUGUUGUUGUUCGUGCUGGCGCUGGUGACGUGCGUGCUGCAGCGCGCGGGCGCGCGCGGCGCGGCGCUCGGCGCGCUGCUCGCCGCGCUGCUCGCCGCGCUGCUCGUGCUCUAUCGCCAGCCGCGGCACAGCGUGCGACAUCUCAGCUUCUCGGUGCCGCUGGUGCCGCUAGUGCCGUACCUGAGCGUGUGCAUGAACCUGUACCUCAUGGUGCAGCUCGACCAUCAGACCUGGGUGCGCUUCAUCGUGUGGCUGGUCGUCGGUUACCUGAUAUAUUUCUGCUACGGCAUCAGACACAGCUCGUUGAAUAUCAAAGAAAUUCCCACGGCGCAGACGCAAAACGGCAAGGCUGGUCUCGACCACGUCACGCCCGGAGAUAAAAUGGCUAAUGGAAAUGGGACACAUUCGGAGAAACCUCUCAAAAUCGACAGCCUUAUAGAGGAAAAGCAUAAUAUGACUACUAAGUUUUGAUUUAAAAAAAAUGGUACCUGUUAGUGUGAGUAUUAAUGCAAACAAGAGAAAAGAGAAAAUUUGCAAAAUUGCGCAAUCAUCGGAAAAAAAAUUGUUCCAUAUACACGAAAAAAGUAUAAUGUAAAUUGUCUUUUUUAUAUAGCGAGCUAGGCCCCAUUGCUACGCUGCGCUCCGUCGUCCUCAGCCACGUUGACCGAUCAACGCUGAACAACACAGAAACUGCACGGAGCCGCAACGUGCUGCGUCGACGCAACUGAAUACGACUGAGCAAUGGUGCCUCGCUCCAAGACGAAAUUGUUUCUGUAAAACAAACUCUAACUUACGAUUUUUAAGUUACGAUUUUAUCAUGCAAAGAUUUCACAAAUCUAUAUACGUAAGAUAUUGUUUUUAGAUAUUAUAUUUUUGUAUAUAUAUUUGGAAAAAUCUACCUAAAAGUACUUAAGACUAUAUACAUGUAUAAUAUAUUUUAUAAUUUGAAUAAUAUAUAUUUAGCUAAGUUAGUAAAAUAUUUUGAGAAAUUACGCUGAAACAGGGACUUUCCUAUUUAUGUAGGUAAUUACUGACAAUGUUAGAUAAGUAGAUAUUAUUAUAUUAUAUUAUUUAUAAACUGAUUUAGAAAGAGACAAUCACUUUACGAUACGAGGUAAGUUAUAAGAAAGAGAUAGCGAUAAAACUAUAAACGUGUGUUAUCAGCAGUAAUUCAUGUCGCCUAAAGGCAACUGACAUGACUAACGACUACCUAUCGCCAUCUAGUGGCAAGUAGUCGCAUACGCACUAUUGAACUAAAUAGUCAACCAGUACACAAGUUAGACUGUCUCUUUUGAAAAAAUAUUUUUUACCUAAGCAAAUUAUAAAAUCAAUUUUUAUCAUUUGGGCAAAUUUGUUUUGCAACACUAUUGGUAAACUUUCAGAUGGUGUGAAAAAUGAAUCGCUUUCUCUCUGUCACUCGCUUGCAUGAAUAUAUCUCUAUCGCAUUUUAAUUAUUGAGAUAACGUGUGAUGGAUAUAUUUGUAAAUGAGAGACAAUCGUUAUGUAAUAGUUGUAUGAUAUGUAGACAAUUGUGUAGAUUGUUGUGAAAACAGGAAUGUAUAUAUUUUUCUAUUUAAAUCGAACCACGUCUAACUGCGCGGCAAUGUGGACCGACAUUUUGUAUUUCAGGAAAAUAUUUCUUUAAACUAAUAAUGUUCAUACAAAAUAUUAAUUUAAUCAAGAAUAUUUUUACAAUUUAUAUAUUGAACUUUGUAGAGUUUGCUUGAGAGUUCACUUUGGCUUGACAUUAGAGCUCCCAUAUCAUAGCAUAUUCGCUGGGCAGGUAGAUGUGACUAGAAUUUUGUCAACAAUGUGAUAUAUCGUGAUUGUUUGUGUGAUUUUAAUUAUAGCAUUAAUACAUAAGUAGUUUUAGGAAAUAACAAACUGUGAUGCCUUUGAUAAGUCGAUGCCUUGAGAUAAAUAUAUAUAAUAAAAA